CUCGAUGCGGCGCUUCGGGGGCGGCGGUGGGCGGUGCGCAUCGGGACCGCGCAUGCGCAGCUCCAUCCAGCACAGCGCCCGCCCGUUCCGCUUCCGGCGCCCGCUCCGCCGCCAUGCUGGGGGAUCUGCUGCUCUGCGGGACGCUGCUGGUGAACGCCGGCGCCGUGCUGAACUUCAGACUGAGGAGAAGAGACACGGAGGGAUUCGGCGACGGGGCGAGGGAGCCCAGCACCGGUGACAAUAUCAGGGAGUUCUUGCUGAGCCUCCGCUAUUUCCGAAUCUUCAUUGCCUUGUGGAACGUCUUCAUGAUGUUCUGCAUGAUUGUGUUAUUUGGAUCUUGAAAGUCAUCUACAAACGUGUCUGGUAACUUGGAAGAGACUCUUUGGUUGCAAACAUAACUUUUCUAUCAAGUAAAAGAUUAUAAUGCUUUCCAAACACAGCCCUGGGAUGGUGGUGGGUCCUUCAGUACGAGCUCCAAAGGACAACACAGCACACAGCCACCCCAUUGCCAGCUGCAUAAUGGGUGUGUGGAUCUGCAGGGCAGGGAGCCGUCCAGCCCCUGAACCAAAGGCUUGAAAGCAAAAUUCAUUCAACUUCACUGGGAGAGAAAAACAAACAAAAAACCCCACAACUUUAAAUGGUGUUGCUCAACGUUUGGUGCCUGAUGUGCAGUGGGUUGAAGGCCACAGCCGUGCAGCUCUGCGUCGUCAGUUGCUCCCAUCUCCUGCUGUGUCUGCUGUCUCCAUGCUGUGCGUCACAUGGGAGUCAAGCUUCAUUAGUGGGAAGUUGAGUAAAAUAUUGAUGUAACUUAGGGGGAAAAUAACAGUCAUUUUCCCUCAUUAUUCCAUUUCUCUUUGGGAAAGUAGAUAUGGGCGUCCCAAAAGAGGAUUUUCACUUUUUUUCCCCAACAAAUUCAUUUGUAGAUACAAAUUUUAAGAUAAGGGUGGGUUUUUUUUUUCCUAAGUAAGGGACUUUGAACAGAAAAAUAUCUGUAAUCCUCUGCAAGUUUUGGAAUCAUUUUGGAUUUGGUUGAAUAAAGAAGUUCUAUUUAAGGGUAAAAGUC